GGUUAAUGCAUCUUGUUAUGUUUUCGUGUAAAUUCUACACAUCUUCCCAAUAUUUCUAUAACUGGCUUUGGAUUACAUCCGAAAACGCUGUUGCAUUUCACUGCUGCCUUGGGUGGAUGUUUAACGACUCUUUGAUAAAGGAGAAAUACUUUAUAACAAACAACAUAAAUUAUGCAUAGCAACUGCACCGUCAAACGAUUUAAAAAAAAAAAAGAGAAUACAAAUUAUGUGUAUGAGCUAUAAAUAUAGUUGAAAAAGUCACACUAUUAUACAACCAAUGGAAGAAAAUAUUAUGAAGGAAAGACUUGCCCAACUAAAGGAGGCACAACAAAGGUUUCAUCAGAAUAAUCAAAUUUCAAUUCCUAAGAUCCAAAGAGUUCCUCAGCUUUUGCGACAAAAUAAAAGAUUUUAUAAGUAUUGUACACCAAAGAUUAUAUCAUUUGGUCCCAUCCAUCACAAUAGCGAAAGUCUGAAGGAAGGACAUCGUUAUAAGCUUCUAUGGACAUCACCAUUUGUUGCCACAUAUGCAAGAAAAAUCGACCAAGAUGAUAACCAAGCAUGCCAACUUUUGCUUAAAAAGAUUGAAGAUGAUAUUAACAAAUUGAAGAACAUGUUCCAUGAAGAUGUAGCUGAAGGUUACAAUGACAAUGACCUUUCUUGGAUGUUGUUUGUGGAUGGAUGUGCUUUGCUACAUUUUAUGGAAAAUGUCGAUGACCAACGUCCGCAAGAACUAAACCUUAAGCUUGACCAAUUAAUGAAUAUCUGGAGGGAUGUUAUGUUGUUGGAGAACCAACUUCCAAUGAAAUUGCUUGAAAUUCUGUGCGAAGAUUGGAGAACCGACUUGGAAUUUUUAUUUCAAAAUUAUCUUGGUAAGGGUAAAUCCAAACAUGAUGGUAUGUAUCUGAUACCAUUGAAAAAUUAUAAAUAUAUUCAUAUACUUGAUUAUAGUCGCUCGAUAUUCCUAUCGUCUUUCCUAAACACUCUCGACUAUGAGGAAAACAAUCAAAUAGAAACACAAUCAAAAGAAAUGAGCACAACGAAAUGGGAAUAAUUACAGCCCUAAACCAAAAAG